AUGAGACAGGUGACAGGCAGCAUGGCUACCGUAGUUCACGGCAUGGAUAAGGCCAUGGAGAGCAUGAAUACAGAAAAGAUUUCCUUAGUAAUGGACAAGUUUGAGAGCCAAUUUGAAGAUCUCGAUGCCACAGCUCAGUACUAUGAGAAUGUAGCGUCUAGUGCCAAUGCAGUUUCCACGCCACAGGAAGAUGUUGACCUCCUUAUGCAGAAGAUUGCUGACGAAGCUGGACUUGAGCUUCGCCAAGAUCUCGAUUCCAAGGAGACACCCCAGACCACUCGGGUUGAUGCCAUUGAACAAGUUGAAGACAGCUUGAAUGAACGACUUAAAGCAUUACGUUCUUAA